AUGGCUGAAUCAACUACGUCAAAGGGUCCGGCAACGACAGAUACGCCUGCAGAUGAAGGUGGAAUUGAUGCGCCGAUACCGAAAGGCGAGGUCGACUCCGUUUAUGAGGCCAAGGCUCGGGUGCUCAACGCUGCAAUUCAAGAGAUUGGCAUGGGAUGGUAUCAGUGGCAGCUCUUCAUUGUCGUUGGGUUCGGCUGGGCCAGCGAUAACCUUUGGCCUAUUAACAUCGGUCUCCUCGCUGGAGCCAUGUUCUGGGGCUUCGGCUGCGACAUAUUCGGCCGGCGCUGGGCAUUCAACCUCACCUUGGGUAUUACCAGCGUCUUUGGUUUGAUAGCUGCGAGCUCUCCCAAUUUCGCCGCCAUAGGAUGUUUUGCAGCGCUCUGGAGUUUCGGAGUUGGCGGAAACCUGCCUGUCGACUCGGCAAUCUUCCUUGAGUUCUUGCCCGGAUCUCAUCAGUACCUUCUGACGACCCUUUCAAUAGACUGGGCCAUUGCCCAAGUCAUUGCCACUCUAGUCGCCUGGCCAUUGCUCGGGGACUUGACGUGCCAGGAAGGAGAAGCAUGCAGCAGGAGCAAGAACAUGGGAUGGAGAUACUUUGUGAUUUGCAUGGGCGGUCUUGCAAUGAUCAUGUUCUUCAUUCGGUUUUGUUGUUUCACCAUCUACGAGUCUCCCAAAUACCUAAUGGGCAAAGGAAACGACGAAGCUGCAGUCCGAAUAGUGCACGAAGUUGCCCGUCGAAAUGGCAAAGCAUCCAGCUUAACCGUGGAAGACCUCCGCGCCUGCGAUCCCACCGGCUCAUCACAAUCCACCACUGCGGCCGCAGCCGUCCGCCGACGCCUCGAGAAAGUCAACCUCACGCACGUCCGCGCCCUCUUCGCGACCAAGAAGCUCGCCUUCUCUACAUCCAUCAUCAUCCUCGUGUGGGCCUUCAUCGGCCUUGGAUACCCUCUGUACAACGCCUUCCUCCCCUACAUCCAAGCGACGAGGGGCGCCGCCUUCGGCGACGGCAGCACGUACCUGACGUACCGCAACUCGCUCAUCAUCGCGGUGCUGGGCGUCCCCGGCGCGCUGCUCGGCGGCUUCCUGGUCGAGGUGCCGCGCUUCGGGCGGCGCGGCACCCUCGCCCUCAGCACCGCCGCCACCGGCGCCUUUCUGUACGCUUCGACCACCGCCCUCGACAGCGCGAGCCUGCUCGGCUGGAACUGCGCGUACAACUUUACUAGUAAUGUUAUGUACGCCGUGCUCUACGCUUACACGCCCGAGGUCUUCGUUACGAAGGAUCGUGGCACCGGGAAUGCGUUGACGGCGACGGGGAAUCGGAUUUUUGGGGUUAUGGCGCCGAUUAUCGCCAUGUUCGCGAAUCUGGAGACGGCGGCGCCGGUGUAUACCAGUGGAGCGCUGUUUAUUGCGGCGGGUUUCAUGGUGUUGGUUCUGCCGUUCGAACCGCAGGGGAAGGCAAGUUUGUAA